UCCCUCCCCCAAACUACCCCACCCGAUUCGUUGGUCCGUGGCCGAGUUCUUAAACCCUAGCCGAGCUCCUCCUUUCGGACCUUUUCUCCCUCCCUCCAGCCUCCAGCGCCGGCGCACCUCCUCCGCCGCUCGCCGCCUCCGGUCCAUUCUCAUCCGUCAUCUGUUCCUCUGCUCUCAGUCUGAGGCCGUCCAUGGCGGAGGAGGAGAACAGUUCUUCGAAGCCCAAGGAGACGUACCCUCUAUUCUCCUUCUCGAAUCUCAACCUGCAGGGCCUGGGGUUUGGGCUCUUUGGUUCUCCGGAGAAGCCUCUUCCUCCCCCUCCUCCUUGCGUAGAAGUGCUCCUCUCUGAGGAAUCAUCGACAGUGAAAUCAAAUGCAGAACCCAUUGUUAUUAACGACGAGCUUACACUUCUCAAGGGAAGAGUAAGUACUUUCGAUGUUUUUGGGGUGGCCAAUUCGGAUUUGCUCGCGGGAAAAUACGAAGGAGGAUUGAAGCUGUGGGAAGGGUCGGUUGAUCUGGUCAAGACCCUCUGUUCUGAGGUCCGAGAAGGUCGGUUAAUGUUUAAAGGAAAGCGAGUAUUAGAGGUGCGCUGCUUGGUCUCAGGUGAUAUUUUGUGCUCUCAGCUUGGAUGUGGUCACGGUCUUCCUGGGAUCUUUACAGGUCUUGAGGGUGCAGCUGUUAUACAUUUCCAAGACUUUAAUGCUGAGGUCCUCAAGCAUCUGACGAUACCAAACGUAAAAGUCAACCUCAUGAAAAAAUUGUCUCAACAACAUUUUCUGAUUACAAACAAGACGGAUAUGAGUAUCUCCCCUGAUGUACGAUUUUUUGCUGGUGAUUGGAGUGAAAUCCACCAGCUGCUGCACUGUGGAUUUAAUAUGGACCAACAAAAAGCAACAGAUGAUCCAGAGCAAAAGGGAUGUGAUGGCUAUGAUAUCAUAUUGAUGGCAGAAACUGUGUAUGCAUUAUCCUCCCUCCAUAGUCUUUAUGGGCUUAUCAAGAAGUGUUUGCAUCAUCCUUCUGGAGUAAUCUACAUGGCAGGAAAGAAGCAUUAUUUUGGAGUAGGUGGGGGUACUAGACAGUUUCUACAUUUGGUCAAAAAAGAUGGCAUCAUGGAAGCUUGUUUGCUUGCUGAAGUUGCUGAUGGUUCAUCCAACGUCCGGGAGGUGUGGAAGUUUUCAUUCAAAUAGACUCGUACUUUUGACAUACGCAGAGGAGCAAGCUUUUAGGUAGAGGUAUUUUUCUUCAAAUGUAUUCUUGUUCUUUUAAGCUGCUUCCAUUAGUCCUCCAUUUGAGAACAAGGUCCAGAGCAAUCAUAUCAUUGGGAUUGCUAAUGCUCAACAUGCCAACUUCUAAUGUACACUAUAAAUGUGCCACUGUCCCUCUAAUGGUAAGAUAUUUUAGAUAUUGCAAAUUCCAUGUUGCUUCCUUAUGUAGUGGAUAUUUGCACAG